AUGACGACACCGGUGUACAACGACGAACCUUGCAACUGCGAACCGUGCUGCGUUUCCAACACCGGCACUCACUUGACCAGCGCGUGCGUCAACGCUAAUACGGCCACCAUCUGCGACGACUUCAACUGCUUACUCGGUCCAGCCUGUGGUAACCGGUUUGAGCCACGGUUUUCACUCGACCUUGUGAAAUCUCGGGUCGGGCUUGGCGUUGUUUCAACCCAAAGGAUCCCCCGUGGGGCUUUCAUUAUCGAGUACGUCGGUGAAAUACUGUACGAGAGCGACGCAAUUGAACGCGUCAACCGACGGUAUCAAGCAGCCUUCCGCACCCUGGCUGACUGGAAUGGAGGAACGAAAGUAUACGUUGACGUGCUAUCGUGCGGCAAUGAGAGUCGGUUUAUUAACCACUCUUGUGAACCGAAUUGCGUGAUGUACGAGUUCAACUGGACGAACACGACCCGCCUCGGGAUAUUUGCGGCGGCCGAGAUAACUCCUCUUCAGGAACUCACCUUCCGAUACAGCGCUCGCAACCGAGAACUCUUCAAUUGCCAGUGCCUUGCUCACGCUGCGGCUUCUUAA